CCUCCUUCCUCUCAGAAACACAACUCAGCAACUCAUCCUGCAGACAGUAGCUCCCCACACACACAGAUCGAUCCUAAAUACAGAGAGGAAUUCAAACUCAUCAUCGACCGAAUCGCUGCGGUGAAGUCAGAGAAUGGUGAGAAGUAUCUUGUCCUAAAGAAGAAGUACAGGCAGAUGCUGCAGGAUCGAGACGCCAGACUUCACGGGGCGGACGGAGACGCUCAGAGAGGUUCGAGUCCGGCCCGCGCUCCGGCUGCUGCUCAGUGGGACGCCUCGGACCCCUCCACUUCUUCUCAUCAACAGAAGGACCCGCGGGACGAGCCCAUGCUGUGUGGAGAGCAGGACGAGGCUGCAGAGCAGACAGGAGCAGCCUCCAUGCAGCACGCUGUUCUGCAACUUCCUGUCAUCCAAAUCCAGGAACCCUGCAACGAGGACGAUGAGCUGGACAAAGAUUCGGGGUCAAAGUCCGAGUCAGAGCAGGACGAGGAGAGUACGGGCAGUAUGGGAUCGGCUGCUGUCGCUCUGGAUCCCAUAGAGAAGGAGUGGAUCUACUCGGCUGCAGGUGCUCGAGUCCCUGACCUCUCUCAGCUGCUCAGACAGGACCCCUCGCUGGCAAACAAGAAGGUAACCCCGCGCUGGAUUGGAUCUUAUGGUCAGCUGUCAAAAAGAAUCCACAUCCAUACCACAAAGUCUCUGAAAGAAACAGGAGCAACGGCUCUGCACUGGGCCGCCAAACAUGGCAACCAGGACAUGGCGGCUCUGGUGGCUAACGCAGGCGCUGACGUCAACACCAAAUCACAUGGAUACACACCUUUACACAUUGCAGCGUUACACGGUCAUCGGCACAUCCUAGACCUUCUCAUCGUGACGUACGGGGCCAAAGAAAACUUAAGGGACUACAGCGGCCAUCUUGCCGGCCAUUAUCUGAACAUCAGAGAACCCGAGGGUCCGGAGGAAGAGUGCGAGCUGCAGUUUCAAGUCACUCAGGCCAGGGAACGAAACAGGAACAGGAAGUUGGCGUCGUUGUUUCACUCCAAGAAGAGGUGGGGCUCAGCGGAGGAGCUGGCUCCGAUCGAGGAGGAGAGGACGGCGUCUCACCAGCUCAACCUGCCUGCCUUCAGACCCCGGAAGUUCUCACGCUGAGAGGAAGACAAACCAGGGACCCUCUCUGCUCACAACCAGCUGAUGCCUACAUGCAUAUAUAUCAGAUAUCACAAACUGGUUGUUUCAUUCUAACAUAUUCCACAAAGUCUGGAGAUGCCAAAACAUCCCCCUUUUUAAGUGCCAUUCAAAGUCUGUUUCCGGGGCAACAGUUACAAAAACAACUCGUGGCAACAGAUCAGAUCCACUUUGAUGGCACAGAGUUCACAGUUAUUCUCAGAAAAUGUUCAAAAGAGAACUUACAAAUGUUCCUAUUCCACAGCUACACACAAAUAUACUCGUGUGAAUAUGUGUCAACAAACAGUUGAUAACGUUACAGACACGCUCGCUCCCACAGAAGCUUAUCAUUGAAGUGGAGAUGUAACCCUAACCCAGGGGAUGCUUUACUUAUAUGUGUAUUUGAAAUAUGUAUGCCUACCUUAAAAGUAUUUCUUGAAGCCUUUACAUUUGAAGGAAUGUUGCUUUACGCCUUAACAUUUCAAAUGAGCUCAGGCCAUGUUCAUCGCUUUAGCUCGUCGUUGACCUCUGAUUGUGUUCAAGUGAGCAACUCUUGUAAAGCUGCUGCAGAGCCACUAUGUCAAGUAUACUUCGUCGUCGAGUGGCGCCGAACGACUGUUUAAAUGUCGAUGACGUCGUAUAUUUGAAAUAGCGGCUCCGCAGACGGUUUGCUCGACAUUGAGAAACGGCCACUGACUCACUUUCACUCUGUGAGGAAUUAAAGGGAAAGGAGUCCUGUGUUCUAAUAAACAGAUGAAACCUUUGAAUCGGAGCACGCUGGUGGUUUGUCUGUUUGGCUUACUACGUUGUUAUGUUCUCGACGCUAUGCUGAACAUCCAGAACUAUCUACGAGGUGUCAGACUGAUUUAACACAGCAGUAUGGUAUUCAAAUCAACUGGCUGAAACACGAGAAGCCAUUUUUAUUUAUUGAACUACUUUUUCCUACAAUUAAUUUGCAAGGAAAUGUUCUCAAAUAUGAAUCUUAGAGAAAUACUCUCUAAAGGAAAGUCAAUACCAACAGAAAGAAGUACAUACUCUGUAGUCCUCCCUAAUCAUUUAAGCACACUCCCUAAAGUCAAUACAACAUCUGUACUGGAGCCAGAUGCUUCUUGGAAGGAAGCACGAGUCUCAAAGGUUACAGUUUGCUUUGCAGAAUGUUUGGCCACUAGUGUUUCAAUGAGUUGUAGUUAGUGGGCUUAAACAAACAGAACCAUCAGUGUGUUUCUUUCAAUCAGAGACCUCCCAGAUGACCAGGAAGAGGACAUGUUCAUCACUAAGGCUAACGCUAACACAGACUGCAGUUGUGAUUGGUUGUCUGCUCCUCAGUGUGUUUGUCGUGAAGCAGGAAGCAUGUCGCUGCUGUCGUCGUUCAAGAGGUUUUCUGCUGAUAAGAGUGUUUUGCCCGUUGCAGUUUGAGCAGAUAAUCUGAUUGAUAAUCUGAUAAACUCUUUUGUCAGAGAGGUGAUUGUCACAGGACUGUUCUUUAUUGAUGCCCCCCCCCCUCCUCCUCCUGCAUUUAAAGUGCUGCAUUAACUUUUGCUACGGAAAUCAGUGUGUUCUGAAUUCUUCUGCUCGGGCUUUUGCAUUUCCACACGUUUUCAUCGGUUGUAAAAAAAACAGGUAUUUGUUUCUAAUUUGGUGCCAUAAGUGUAACAUCUAAACUGCCUCCAUUACAUCUUUUGCACAAUAUUUAUAUGAUGAAGUUAUUUUGAAAUAAACUGUAUUUUAUAUCCGGGAUUUUUAUUUCAGUGUCUUUUUAUAUUUGUAUGCAUUAACUUCAAUGAUUAGAUUUAGAUAGAGCUAGCCAUAGGAGAAAUGUGUCUUGGGCAUCGUAGUCAUAGAUACAGAACAGAGAUCACAUAUCACAUGGCAAAGAAACAAACAGGUACAGAACUUUCCCUAUUGCACAUUGAAUUCUCUCCAUAAUACUGAGUGACUGGGCUUCUUCUUCUCUCCUUAUACGAAGCAGAGAAGAAGAACAACUUCUUUCUCUCGACACAAUAACCCCGGUUUCUUAAGCUGCCUUUGAUCUUACUUUACCUACCUGACUUUGCGGGCUACAGAUGGAGUAAAUAUGGCUCCCUCUAACUCUCCAUACGGCUUUAGACCUUAAUUCCUGAUUAGCUGAAAAGGGCAGCACUUGCUUCUGGGUCUUGGAUAUCAGACGACACAGAGGCAAGUGUUUUUGUGCUUCAUUUUUGAAGCGAGGAUGUUUGGGGGAUAAGAGGGAGUUUCUGUAAUAGAUACUUAUCUUACUGCCCUCAAGCCCCUCAAACAAAGUCCCCCUCUGAAGAGAUUAUAACCCAGGGAGGGCACAUUAACUCUAAUCCCAUGCUUUGAGGCCUCGCACCCCCAUACCACCCUCUGCCCCACUUAUUCCAACCCCUUCUGUUGUUGGGGGGCUACCUUGUAUCUGGUGCAUGUAUGAGUAGGGCCUGUGGCUACACACGAGGGCUGUGUGUGUGUGUGUGUGUGUGUGUGUGUGUGUGUGUGUGUGUGUGUGUGUGUGUGUGUGUGUGUGUGUGUGUGCGAGUCAGGGGGGUGGAGUGACUGCUUCAAUAGCACGCUGACUCUAAUGAAAAGCAUUGAGGGGUGCAUACUGCUGUGUAACUGAUUCCUCUCUCUGAAGAGAUUAGGCGCUACAUUGUUGGUUCAGUUGCUCAUUUCCAUGAGAGCACAGCCUCCCACCAGCGGCUGCUCGCCUUUGUUAUUUUGAGUUGGAAAACACAGAGCCCAAUGUCCCGGGCUUCCUUGUUACCAUUGUUUCACAAAUAGGCCAAAAUGUAGAUGUCACGUCACAGAUGCCCAAUAACCUCAUUAGCUGCUCUCUGUGAGGCUUUAGAGGCCAAAUAAUGGAUGCAUGAACUUCAGUUUGUUCAACUGUAUGCAGAUUCUGUGUAAAAUUCAAAUAACAAUACGACUCAUAAAUCCAUUUGUUGGAAAUUAAACCGUGUUAAAAGGCUAACGAUUCUAGAGGGUUAAUAGAUGUAGUGUAAAGGCAGGGGAAACUCAACUGAGCUUAAAAAUAUAAGGAAUAGGAUAAAAAGGCAACACAUUACUUUAAGUUCCUCCAUUUCUGACUUCCUAACCAGCGUGUACACUUAUAUA